AUGGGAGAUUUUUCCGAUUUCGAUACGAAUGACGAGCCAAUCGAUUUGCCACCCGGGUUUCGAUUCCACCCGACAGAUGAGGAGCUCAUCACACAUUACUUGAAUCCGAAAGUAAUCGACAAUAGCUUUAGCACGAUCGCUAUUGGUGAAGUGGACCUCAACAAGGUUGAGCCUUGGGAUUUGCCAUGGAAGGCGAAAAUGGGAGAAAACGAGUGGUACUUUUUCUGUAUUAAGGAUAGGAAGUAUCCGACCGGUCAGAGGACUAACCGAGCUACAGUCGCCGGAUACUGGAAGGCGACCGGGAAAGAUAAGGAGAUUUUUCGAGCCAAAUUCUUGGUCGGGAUGAAAAAAACUCUGGUUUUUUACCGAGGCCGAGCCCCCAAAGGGAUGAAGACUAAUUGGGUCAUGCAUGAAUAUAGAAUGGAAAGGAAAAAAUCUCUGCAUAACAAUAAUAAUAAUGUUCCCAAAAAUGAUAAAAAUGAAUGGGUAAUAUGCAGAAUUUUCAAGAAAACUUUUGAAGACAAACAAGAUUACGGGGUCCCCGCAAAUUGCGAAGAGGAUUUACGAACAUCCGAUUUACCUCCACUAACGGACGUCUCAUUUGAUGAGAAUUAUACGAGCAAUGCCUUUUCGUCUGAGGAAUCAUCUCGUGCAACGCAUUUCUCCAAGCCUUCGGUGGACCCUGGGGAUAUUCCUCGUCGUGAUUUUACUUCUAACUCGAGGAGUUGUGGUUUUUCGCCUCGUCCAUUGAUUAUUCCUCGAGUUUCUAAGUCCGGCUCGGGUUUUUCGCCUCAAAUGGUAGCUUGUGGAGGAAAUCUCAAAGAUUCAGAUACGGUUUUCGCGCAAGAUCAAGCGAUGUUACGGGUUUUGCUCGAUAACGGCUCGGAAUUCAUCGAGGGUUUUUCGUUUCAAGAAGUGGGGUUGAAGCCUUGUGAAGAUGAAGAAUUUCAGAAUAUUUUUAGUGGGAAUUUGAAUAUUGAUUGCCUGUGGAAUUACUGA